GAGGUCACUCAUAAAACUUGUAUUGUGAGCUAUUGGUUUCCUCCUAGAGUACAAAAGUUGAGGCUUCACUUAAUGUCUGCAGUCAGACAGUCAGCAUGAAUCUUCUCUCUUAAUAAAUAAAAUAUCACAAGCUGAAACUGGACACCAAAUCAAGGCAUGGAACCUGUUAUGAUGAAACUGAGAAUCAUAAUCAUGUUGUAUGUGACUUCUUUAUUGGAAAUACAAAGCCUGAGUCAUGCACAGACAGUGAGUGAGGAAGUGCUUGGAGUAAAUAAGUGGCAUGCAAUGCUGCCACCUUACAUGGAUGAAAGUGGAAAUAACUUAAAACAAGAAGGACAGGUGAAUUGGAAAUCAUUCAAAUACUUGAUCAGCAUCAAAAUAAAUUCUUCAAGGGUAAUGGUACAGGAUCGCUUGAGGACACUUCUUCAAGGAUACUCAUUUCCAUAUAGCGUCGGCCAAAAUGUCAUCGUAACCAAUAUGAAUCUCAGUACAACUCCUCCUCUAAAACUGUUCAAAUACACAACUGACAUAAAAAUCAAUGCUUCAAGAGAAGGAGUGAUAGAACAAUUGAGGGACCUAAUGCGUGAACAGAAAUUUCCUAUGUGCAUCAAGAAAAGCAUGAAAAUCAACAGUGCAAACAUCACUACAGUGUGUCUCUCAAAUUCGAGCAAAACUGAAUGCAAGUGUGAGAAUCAAUACGCUUGGCCCUCUGAACAAUGCUCUAAACAUGGCGUUUGCGGCCACAGUCAAAAUGGUACGUGUGGAUGCAUCACUUCUCUUCCAACUGAAGGAGCGUUCUGCCGGCCACCACCUGGUAAAGAGUCUCUCUUUAUUUCAAAUCUAAGUUGGAGAUUGGUUUGA